AUGUCUUUUAAAUACCGUACACAUCGUUUGGAAGGCCGUGUAGCCGUAAUCACAGCCAGUACGAAAGGAAUUGGCUACGCAAUUGCUGACCGAUUAGGCCAUGAAGGGGCGAAGCUUGUCAUAAGCAGCAGGAAACAGUCCUCGGUCGACCAAGCCAUCGAUCAACUCGUAGCCGGAGGUCUUCGACGCGAAAAUGUGUCUGGAAUUGUUUGUCACGCUGCCGACGAAGCACAACAAGAUCGACUUCUGAAGUUUGCCAAGGAACGGUAUGGAAAGAUCAACAUACUGGUCUGCAACCAUGGUAUUUCACCGUAUGUUGGCAAUUUGAUGGACAUUCCGGAAGAUGUUUGGGACAGGAUGUUUGAAGUGAACUGCAGGUCUGCUUUCUUGCUGACUCAGAAGGCCACACCGUACUUGAAGGAGGCUGGGUAAGGGGUUUUUUUAAUUUUAAGAUGUUAGGUGUAUUGUUCUUGCUUUUUUUUACACUUUAUACGAUAUCGUAUUAUAGAAAUAACUACUGUUUUUGUAAAUAUUGUGAUAAAGAAUGAUUAAGUGAAGUUAUUCUUACUUUCAGAGGCGGCGCCAUUGUGUACACAGGAUCAGUAGCUGGUUACAAACCUCAACCGAAGCUGGCUUUGUAUGGAAUUACGAAAACUGUCAUUUUGGCUAUGACUAAAGCGUUCGCUCAAGGAUUGGCUGACAUGAACAUCAGAGUAAAUUGUGUCGCGCCUGGAAUCAUCAAAACCGACUUUAGCAAAGCUGUAAGUUGUUUUACCUUACAGGAAAAAUUAUUGACGAAAAUUAGGAUGAGCUAAAGUAAUCUAAGGGAGUUUGCAAUAGGAUAGGACAAGGUAGAGUAGAUUAUUGUUGGUUAAGGUAAGGUAUAUUAAAGAUAAAAAGUUUACCACAAACGAUGAUUACAUAUUGAUUUUGAGUUGUGGGACGAAACCUCCACUGGCUUGAAGCCCCCAACUGUAAACGAGAAAGAUGCCAAUGAUUUGGGACGGCACGGCACUCCAGAAGAAGUGGCAGCCGCGGUAGCUUACCUUGUCUCAGACGACUCGAGUUAUGUCACUGGGGAAAGCCACGUCGUAUCUGGUGGAGUAGCUUGUAGAUUAUAA